GUGCAACUAGUACAUACACUGAGUUAUACUGCCUAUGUAGUGUUCCUAUGAAGACGUGUGUAUGAAUAAGUGAGCGAAACAUAAUUGUUGAAUGUUUCCUAGAUAUGUAUCAGGACUCUAUAAAGUAUACGUAUGUGACAAACGGUAGGGUGUUUAAUGAAUUGUACAUUUGUGAAUAGCACAAAAAAUUCGCGGGUGAGAAGUUUAUGCGUUAGACAACAUCCCAUAAACACGAAUGCUUCAAAGAUUCAUGGAAUCAAAGGCAUGGUGGGACGGGGUGGGUGGUAGAGAAUUAGAAAAUUGUUACAACCCUGUGCUAGAAACAGUGGAAAGUGUAUAUAGAAAUCGCUUGAAUAUGUUAAUUAUGUUACGGCUUGCUGUUUAGAUACCAGUUUUAUAAAAUUUUAAGGCGUCUACUGGUGUUAUGGAAGAAACUAAUAUGACACCCAGGAACAAAUUGCGGGGUUCGAAUUCGAUGGGAAUGGGUAGCUUCAGCAUACAAGGACGUACCUAUGGCUCACAAGGAUCAAUAAACAACUUCCAUUCUGUGUUCAAUGGUGGCGGUGAUACCGGUUCGCCACCUGUGCUUGAUUUAUCGGAGUUUCCCUCUCUGACCAACAGAGGGCAACCUGAGCCCGUACCUCAGCCAAGUCCGAUGCAGAGCAAACAAACAUAUGGUAGGCCACUUAGGGCGGCAUUAAAUCCUACCAAGAGCUCACAUACUGAUAACAGUCCAGCGUUGAUGCGCCAUAGUCCAGAGGUUAACACAGGUGGAGCAACGAGAUUACACAAGCCAAAAGGGGCACGACCAGUCAGAUCGACAAUAAAUCCAUCCAAAAAUUGUCACUCUGAGCACAUUCCAGGCCUCACCUCUCAGAGCCAGGACAUCGACAUGGGAAGAGCAUCUGCAAGUAGACUGUUGAAAAACCAAGUAACUGUGGUGAAGGCACCACCAUCAGAAACAAAUGAAUUUACAAUGAGCUCGGAGGACUUCCCUGCACUGCCUGGUACUCAGAGGACAGAAGGACCAUCUCCCGGUGGAAGUUUAUCAGUGGAAAAGAAUCUCUCUGUAUCGAGUUCAGAUAUUGGACAAGAAACAACUGUUGGAAAUAGGGCACCUGGUGCUGAGAAGUCGCAGACCAAAAGAGGAAUACAAACAUCCCCUGAUGGUAAAGUGACGAGGAUUCCGGGAAGUAUGGUCAAGGACCAAUUUGGUAUGGUUGGUCUUCUAACAUUUAUUAGGGCCGCAGAAACAGAUCCUAAUUUGGUUUCCUUAGCCCUGGGUCAAGAUUUGACUGCGCUUGGUUUGAAUUUGAAUUCACCUGACAAUCUGUACCCUAACUUUGGAGGGCCAUGGGCAGAAACACCGUGCCGACCUCAGGAUAUUGAUUUCCAUGUGCCUCCUGAAUAUCUUAUUAACCCUAAUAUAAGAGACAAACUGGGUCCAGUGAAAUUGAACCGGUACAAAGAUGACUUGUUGUUUUAUAUGUUUUAUACAAACAUUGGUGAUGUGGCACAGUUGGCUGCAGCAACAGAGUUGUACAACAGGGAGUGGCGGUAUCACACAGAAGAGAAGGUUUGGAUUACACAAGCACCAGGAAUGGGAGCUGUUGAAAAGACUUCGACAUACGAACGUGGUACAUACUUCUUUUUUGAUGCACAAAAUUGGCGAAAAGUGGCUAAGGAAUUUCACCUUGACUACAAUAAGCUGGAGGGCAGACCUCAAAUGCCAUCAACGAUUAAUCAGUCCCAAACUGUCAUGUAAUUUCGUUUUAUAAAUAUAUAUUUUUGAAUAAAAUAUGCAAAAAUAGUAAUAUAUGUGGACACUGUAAGUAUGCAAGAGAAAAUGAAGUAAGAGGCACAGCAAAAGCGGAUUUCUAUUUUCUGAGUACGUUUUUAUCUUUUAAUGUCACAUUCUACAUGAUUCGUCGGGUGUGGCUCUCAGCGUAACAUUGCCAGAAGUGUACUGUGUAAUACAUAAUUGUAUGUACAAGAGUAGUGAUCUGCAGACUGGUAUCAUGUUCAACAAAAGGAAGAAAGGACUUAUUUUCCUUCAGUUAUGUUGUCAAUAUUUUGAUUAGUUCAGUUUUGUAUGUUUUGUUUUAUUUCAUUUCUUAAUUGUGUUGUUUGUAUGAGAACCUGUUUACAACAUUCAUGUAUAUGUACAUAUUGUAUGUCGAGCUGUCUCUAAAAUUUGAGACAGCCAGAAUCGUGAACUUAUUAUAUGCAUUUAAAUGGUUAUUGUUAUGAAGAA